UAAUAAUGUGCAGCCGCUCGAGUAAGCGUCCAUAAACUACAUUUUACUCACUUUGGAGAUCACUCGGCCACCCUCAAGCCUUCACCAUGGUUGAUAGUUUCUGUGCAACCUGGAAACUGGUCGACAGCGAAAACUUCGACGAGUACAUGAAAGCACUGGGUGUUGGCUUUGCCACCCGGCAGGUGGGUAAUGUGACCAAGCCGACGGUGAUCAUCAGCGAGGAGGGGGACAAAGUUGUGAUCCGCACCCAGAGCACCUUCAAAAACACCGAGAUCUCCUUCAAGCUGGGGGAGGAGUUCGACGAAACCACCGCCGACGACAGGAACUGCAAAUCAACGGUGAGCCUGGAUGGGGAUAAACUUGUCCACGUGCAGAAAUGGGACGGCAAAGAGACCAAGUUCGUCAGAGAGAUCAAGGACGGCAAGCUGGUCAUGAACUUAACAUUUGAGGACAUCCACGCAGUGCGCACCUACGAGAAGGCAUGAGUCCCCUGCUAUCUAGCAUCCCCGCGGUGGUUUUGUCUGCAACGUGUUUUUGUUGAUGUGAUUUUUGCUCUGAAACAAGAUUUACUGUACGCUUACCUUUGCACUUCAUCCAUCUUCAAAUGGUUUGCAACAUGGGCUGAACAUGUUUUUGUAAGCAACUUUUUUUAUUCUGCUACGUGUCAGUCGUGAUGGAUUGUCUUUGUGAACCUCUGUUAAAUAUGAAAUAAAACACA